CCUUCGUUCAGCAAGCCACUCAGAUCAAGCUAGUGAGCAACGGCACAAACCCCAAAUCCAUCCAAGGAAACAAAAAUGGAGAGCUCAGUCGAGAGCAGCUGGUGGGUGCUGCCCCUGACCUUGAUUCCUGCCAUCUCCGGCCAGCAGCAGCAGCACGAUCAAAGCACGGCCGCCGCCAUAGCCACCAGCUUCGUCUACCUCGCCAUCCUCGCCUGCCUCGCCUGGGCGGCCAAGUCCCUGCUCUACUGGGCUCACCCGGGCGGGCCUGCAUGGGGCCGGCGGUACUGGACGAGCCCGUGCGCGAAGACGGCUCCGGCUCCGGCGCCGAUCCCCGGGCCGAGAGGGCUCCCGGUGGUGGGCAGCCUGGGCCUGAUGUCCGGACUAGCCCACAGCACGCUGGCCGCCGAGGCGGCAAGGACGCCGGGCGCGAAGCGGCUCAUGGCGCUGUCUCUCGGCCCAGUCCCCGCCGUCGUCACGGCCCACCCGGACGUGGCCAAGGAGAUCCUCGACAACCCGGCGUUCGCGGACCGGCCCGUGAACCACGCCGCCUACGGCCUCAUGUUCCACCGCUCCAUCGGCUUCGCGGAGCACGGCCCCUACUGGCGCGCGCUCCGGCGCGUGGCAUCGGCGCACCUGUUCGCGCCCAGGCAGGUCGACGCCUUCGCCCCUUACCGCGCGCGCGUCGGGGAAGACGUCGUGGCCGCGCUCCGCCAUGCCGGGGGCGGCGUCGUGAACGUGCGCGGCGUGCUCCGGCGCGCGUCGCUCUACUACAUCAUGCGCUUCGUGUUCGGGAAAGAGUACGACGUGUCGUCGGACUCGGGGAAGAAGGAUCAGGGGGAAGUGGAGGAGCUGCUGGAGAUGGUGCAUGAGGGUUAUGAGCUGCUGGGGAAGGAGAACUGGUGCGACUACUUCCCGGGGCUGGCGGGGUUCGACCCGCAGGGCGUCGGGGCGCGGUGCGCCGAGCUCAUGCCGCGGGUGAACCGCUUCGUGCACGGCAUCAUCGAUGAGCACCGCGGCAAGGCGAUGAUAGCCGGAGGAGAAGGAGAGGCGCAGCCGCUGGACUUUGUGGACAUACUGCUUUCGUUGCAGGAGAGCGAGGGGCUCGCCGACGCCGACAUCGCCGCCGUGCUCUGGGAGAUGAUCUUCAGAGGAACAGACGCCAUGGCGGUGCUGAUGGAGUGGACCAUGGCACGCCUCGUCCUGCACCCCGGCGUCCAAGCCAACGUGCACAAGGAGCUGGACGAGGUGGUCGGCAAGAGCAGCCACGUCACCGAGUCAGCCGUGCUCUCACUGCCUUACCUGCAGGCGCUGCUCAAGGAGGCGCUCCGCGUGCACCCGCCGGGGCCGCUGCUGUCGUGGCGCCACAGGGCCAUGUGGGACACCUACGUGGACGGCCACCUGGUCCCGGCGGGCACCACGGCCAUGGUGAACCAGUGGGCCAUGAGCCGGGACCCGGAGGUUUGGGCCGAGCCGCUCGAGUUCCGGCCCGAACGGUUCCUCCCGGGCGGCGAGGCCGGCCCGGGAGUCUCCGUGCUCGGCUCGGACGGCCGGCUCGUGCCGUUCGGGUCUGGACGGAGGAGCUGCCCCGGGAAGAACCUGGCCAUGACCACCGUCACGGCGUGGAUGGCCACGCUGAUGCACGAGUUCGAGUGGAUGCCGGCCAAGACCGGCGCCCCCGUCGACAUGUCGGAGGUGCUCCGCCUGUCAUGCGAGAUGGCGACGCCGCUCCAGGUCCGGGUGCGCCCCAGGCGCGGCGUUUGAAAGUCUGAGGCUGCUUUCGACGGCCAUAUAUGACUUCACCGUGUAGUUUCUUUCUUACUAGCCGUGACCCUGGGUUGUGCUUCCUGUUUGUGAAUAAGCUGGCUGGGAUGAACAAAAGUGUGCACCGGCUCAGCUUCAGUGUUUGGUUCAGAGUUUUCUUUUUGAACUUCGUCAGAAGUAUCAUCAGGUGUGAGCUUGAGGUUCCACGUUGGUGUACAGAUUGCAAGAAGAAAAUCUAUAAAGGAUUGUGCGUGUGCAGUGUGCUAGUACGCCGUUGCUUGUCG